AUGGCCGACGACACAGAGUUCUCGUCCUUUGACGAGAACGCUUGGAAGGCACAAGAUGCUGCUGAUGAUCGCGAAAUCGCUCGACUACUAGAGCAGAGCCAAGAAGGCGGCAACAGCUCCUUGAAGCUCGAUGAUACUCCGUUCGAUCAAUCCAACAAGGCCGAUGAUGCCCAAGAUUUCGAAGACAUCAGUGAUGAUGAUCUGCCAGACGAGGAGCCGAGCGCCAGCACCUCGUUGGAGCUUCCGGCACUGACUGAUGACGGAGGUACCAGCAACGAUGCCGACGAUUUGUUUGGAGAAGGGCCCUCUUCUCCGACAGACCCCAUUUUAGGACCACCAUCGCCAGGUCCCCGCGUCCGCGACACAGACACUGCUGAUGACUCUCACCCUAUUGACUCGAGCCUUAGUUUCGCAGCCAUCAACUUCGACCCUGAUCCCCACCUGAACGGAGCUGCGAAUCAAGAUCCCGAUAUUCCAGCCGUUGUGGAAUCACACGAAGACUUGCUGAAAGCUGCAUGGCCUGCAUUCAAGAAGGGGCGUGUAUUGACGUGGAGUGAACUUCUGCCACCGAAGAAGGCAACAUGGAAGGAGAAGAAGCCGCUAAAGAAACCCAAGCAUCUGGUUACUAGUAAGCUGAACCUCGACCUCGCUGCGGAUCAAGAGAAGAUGUUUCGAAUUCCGGGAACUGCGACUUCUGGACCGAAUCACCGGGCCCUGGAAUCGUCGCUCGCCGGUUUUGUUCGAUGCGAAAAUAAUGGGUCAAACCAAGAGGAGGAUAGAUCACAUUUUGACUUGGACCAGGAAUCAGAUUCCGAAACUGUUGUGGGAUUCACAUUGCAAGAUAUUGAUCUAGCAUGCCAGGAUUGGGGCGACCAAAUUAACGCAGUCGAGACGGAGUUCAAGAAACGUGUCGCUGCUGAAAAGGAACUCCUUAAACCAAAGAAGCUAGUUGAGGAUCACGAUGAUGAGUGGGAUGCCGAGUUUCUGAUGGAUACAAUGGAUGAGCAACCCCAACAGCCCAAGAAAAGGAGAGCAGUCAAAUUUGGACUGCCAGAAAUACCUCGAUAUGCUGCUUCUACGUUUGAUAACUUUGAAGAUGUGACUCGACGAGGCGCCAAGCGUGUUCACCUAGACAUGAACGACCCGCACCUGCUGCUCGACACUGACAUGCAUCUCCGUGCAAAACGACCUCGGCUGGAUUCAAAGGUUAAACGCAUGGCGAAUGGCAAUAUGGGCCGGGAUAUUUCGCAGCGCUUCAAUCUCUCAAACGAUGAAGCGUAUGAGCUGCUCAAGGAAAACCACCAGAGCAAAGUCCGCGCUACUCUGGGCAAUAUUUCUGUGGAGCACAGUAUGCCUGCCAUCAAGCUGUCGUGGCCGUACUACAAGGUCAAGCUCGGUGGCACCACAGACGAGUAUCACCGCCCGCGCUUCCGUUACAAGAAGUUCUCUGGGCAUGUCAUCAAGUUCGACAAGCCUCAGCAUCACAAGCGCAAGAUGAUGAAGGGCAAGGCUCAUGAAGUGUAUCGUCUAUCCAAGGAUCUCAGCCUUAGCGACAACUCAACAGCUGUGCUAUUCGAAUACUGUGAACCCAGACCUCGAGUCUUGAACAACUUCGGCAUGGGUAGCAAACUGAUCAAUUACUAUCGGCGCAAGGACAACAAUGAGGAUGAUCAGCUGCCCAAGCAGGAGUUGGGCGAAUAUCGUAUGCUGCUGCCGGAAGAUCGAUCACCUUUUUCGCUGUUUGGAACCGUUGAUUCAGGUGAAACCGUACCUACACUGCAUAAUGAAAUGUAUAGGGCGCCCGUGUUCAAGCACAUGCCACGGGGCACCGAUUUUCUGGUCGUCCGAAGCACAACAGGCGUAGAGGGUUCGAAAUGGCAUCUACACAAGAUCGACCACCUACACGUUGUUGGCCAGACUUUUCCUUCCGUGGAUGUUCCCGGUCCCCAUAGUAGACGUGUCACGAAUGCGUCCAAGAACAGAAUGAAGAUGCUGGCUUUCCGGAUGAUCAGGCAUAGCCAGACAGACAACUGCCAGCUAUCAGACAUUACAAAGCACAUAGCAGACUCCACCGACACUCAAAACAGGCAAAAGCUCAAGGAAUUCCUACAAUAUGAUAGGGAGAGUGGUGAAAAGGGCAUGUGGCGCUUGAAGCCAAACGAGAUGUUGCCCGACGAGAAUGCGAUUCGCGCCAUGAUCAAGCCUGAGGAGGUAAGUCUUCUGGAUGCCAUGCAACUGGGUAUAAAGGAGCUCGAGGACGCUGGCUACGAUCCCCGAAACGCCAACAUUGAUGAUGAUGUCAUGGACGUCGAUGCUGAAGACGAAGACGAUGACGAGGGAGGAAGCAAGGCACCAAAGGGUGCCAAGAAGCCUGGCGAGAAGCAGGAAGAGACCCUUGCUGACAAGAUGGCGCCUUGGAAAACUACAAAAGCCUUCAUUGAUGCCUGUGCCCAGAAGGCCAUGCUUCAGUUGCAUGGUGAAGGUGACCCAACAGGACAUGGUCUUGGCUUCAGUUUCAUCCGAACGUCCAUGAAGGGCGGGUACAUAGAGGCCGUUCAAGGUCCGCUGGCGACGUCGGCUGACGCCAUGGAACGUGAGAAGCGCGCUAAUGGCGGCCACGCCUACAAUGUCAAGAAACAGCAAGCAAUGUAUGAGGAGGGUAUCAAGGAGAUUUGGGAGAAGCAAAAGUCGACACUUUCCGACGCCCAAGAGCACGAUGACAAGGAUGUGGCGGUCACAGAAGACGAGGAUGACAGAUUCAACGUUCACGCCGCCGCAACCCCAGCACAAUUCGACGAUGGCACCAGUCAAAUUAGUGGCUUUACAUCGGCUAGUCGUCACGUGAAAAAAGCCAUCUGUAUUACAAGAGAGGUCCGCCUUCAAGAUGGAACCACUCAGACACGAACCGAGGUCGUCCACGAUCCCGUUGUCAUUUCGCAGUAUAUGAAGCGGCGAACUGAGGCAGACUUGGAACUUAAGGACAUCUACAGCUCCCGGCCUACGGGCAAUGCCGAUCAUGACCGUCUUGCAGGCAUUAGAAUCAAAAAGGAGCUCGAACGACUCGAAAAGAACAAGGCUCGACGACAGGCCCGAGAACAGCAAAAAGAGCUCCACCAAAAAGCCAGCGCUGGCGAAGCCGGAUCACCUGGCGCUGUCGACAAGGUGCCCACUGGUACAACUCGCAAGUUUUCCCCUCCUUUAUAUCCAUCUUUUGAUUGGUGGGGCGCUGCAUCGCACAAGGAGGGUCAGGCAGUCCCGACCAAGAAGCAAGCCAGGAGGAAGAGCGUCUUGCAUCGCUUGAUGAAGUCAUCGAAUCGCGAAGCCCGAGAAAGAGAGAAGCGGCGUCAAAUUGAGGAGAGGGCGACUGCCCGGAAAGUGAGAAAGGAGGAAAACAUGGCGGAGAAGUUGAAAGUUCAACGAGAGCGUGAGCAGAAGAAAAUAGAGGACACCCGACUGCGAGAGGAGGCAAGACGACAAGAAGACCAAGCCAGGGAAGGAAAGAAGAGACGUCAGGAAGAGCUCCGCGCCGACAAACAACGACAAGAAAACGAGCAGCGGCGCAAAGCGCAAGAAGAGAGAGAAGAAAGGCGCAGACUCCGUCUCGAACGCGAAGAAGAGAACCAGAGGAAGAAGGAAGAAAAGGCGAAAGCUCGUCCCAAGUUCAACUACGGAAGUUGCCGGCCGUGA